GCCUCCGUCGACAGAGGGAGACACUACAGCCAUGGCUCAAAGCGGCUCUCUGCACAUAUCCGUCGGCAUCCUGAGUAUCGCCGGUGGUUCACUCCUGCUUUUGGUGAAUGGUUAUGGCAGCACUCCUGAAAAAGAUUUGGUCCCCCACACUGCACUGGGGAUUCUGCUUCUCAUCACCGCAGCACUUCUGGCUUACUCAGGAAUCCGUCACAGUCUGUCCCACGGCCGCCUGUUUUCCACCUUGUGUCUCACUGUUUCUGCUCUGUGGUGUGGCUCUGGUCUGGUGUAUAUCCUGGGAGGGCAGAGUGUCAUACAGCCCACACAGCUUAGAUUCGCAUUCGUCCCAGGCCUUGCGGCGUUUAUCUUGGCCUUGCUCAUCAUAGGCAUUGCUGCUGUUGUAGCAAAGAAAGCAGUUCUCUUUCUCAUAGCUGUUGGUAUCUCCUUAGCUUCUGCCCAUCAGAUCGCAGGUCUGUCAGCGGUAGGUUUUGGCCUGUAUGCCACAGCUGCUAACUACUUCCUUGUCUGUCUGGUGUGUCUUUACUUUGGUUCUGGACGUCUGCUGUCUGUGAUCACUCACGGUAAAGUGGAACUUCCUGGAACAGGUGUGAAGAAGAAAGCUGAGCUGAAAGCAGAGCAGAACCAGGGGUGUAAUGAUGCCGUGUCAGUGAGUUUGGUGAUGAAUUUAUUAUCUGCAUCUGUACUAGCCUGUCCCCUGCUAGGUGUGGUCCCUGCGCUCUCUGUCGGUCAUGUUCCCUGGCUGUGGACAGCUGGCGUGUUCCAGCUCGGCAUGUGUAUCCUCUUUUACAGAGGUAUGGAUAUGCUGGCUGCCACUUUUUAUGGCUUCACUUCCCUGUUUGCAUUUGCAGAGGGUUACAGUGCCCUGCUGUCAUUUUAUUCCAUUCAGCCUUACUCACCUGUUCCCUUUCCUGUUGUCUUCUCAGUUCUUUUCUUCAUACUGGCUCUGUUCAGUACUCAGAAGGACCUGCUGGAGGGCUUCUACCAGCUAUUCUUUGUUGCCUAUUCUAUUGCUCUUGCAGCCCAGCCUCAAGGCUUCUUCCAAGCAGGCACUCAAGGUGUCCAGGCAGCUAUAUUUGUGGCUUCUGCUUGCAUGCUUUUGAUUACCACCUUUAACAUGGCCUCUAGUACCAAGAUUCCCACAGGGCAGAGCUGUUUCAAGGCUUUAGUUGGCAGGAUGCAGAGCGUUACUCUUAGAGUACAUGACAAAGAAUUGCACACACCUUACCUGGGGUACUCUAAAUAUGCAGAUGCAGAGGUGUUAGGUCAUGCAUCUAAUGUGCUGGCUACAUUCGCAAUCACAGCCACAGUAGGUAGCCAAAAUCCUCUCUUUGUGCUGAUUCUACCCUGGGUGGUCAUGGCUGGCGGAGCACUGGAGCUGCUGUGCGGCGCAGUAGCCUUUGCUCGGGGUAAAACCUUUGAGAGCACAGUUUUUAUUCUCUAUGGGGUGAUGUGGACGGUGUGGGGGCUGACACGAUAUGGCGGCCUGUAUGGGGAGACCAGAGGUCUUAACAUUGCUGUUGGGAUCAUUACCUUCCUUGUGUUCAACAUUUUAGUGACAGCUGCAGCGCUGUUUAUGAACGUCGCAUGGUUUGUCUACGCAUUUACCUUCCAUCUCAUACUCAUCAGCUUCGUGCUGGAUGCCAUGGGCUCGCUGCCUUAUGGCUAUGACAUAGGAGUCACAAUCAUCUUUGGCCUUGUCAGUUUUUAUUUUUUCUUGGCACACAUUUUCAAUAGCACCUUCAAGUCUCCUCAGAUCCCCUUAGGAAACCCUAUUAUCAAGCUGACUGGAGCAGGGGGAGGGGCAGCUGUCUGUCCACAUUUACCAGCCCGUAAAGCCACAUCUGUCCUAGAGAUUGCAGAAAUCAUGAAAAAUGGCGGCAUAUGUGGAAUGCCUACUGACACCGUCUAUGUGCUGGUGGCCGCUUGCAACAGACCUGAUGCUGUAAUCAAAGCUUACAAGGUGAAGAAGCAGGCAGAGGACCGUCCCAUGUCCAUGUGGAUCUCCUCCGUCAAGCAGCUGGAGCCGGUGCGACACCUGCUGAGCCCUCUGCUUCUGGACUUCAUGGAGGCUGCAUGGCCAUCUUCCAUUAGCAUGGUUAUACCAAGAGGCCCGUGGAUGGAAAUCUUUGGUUUGGGAGAUGCUGCCAAACACAUUGGGACUCCACAAAGCAUUGCUAUCAGAAACCCCGACUGUUCUGUAGCCACACAUCUCAUUGGUUUGGUGGGGCCCAUUGCAGUAACAUCAGCCAACCCCACAGGUGAAGCCGAUACAACUCACCACAACCAAGUGUAUGCCAAACUGGGAAACAAGGUGGAUGGAGUGUUAUGUGAUGGACCCUCCCCAGAGAACAUUGCAUCUACUGUGGUCGACUGCACCAAGAUUGAAACUGGACAAAUUGGUUUCUUUAGAGUCGGUCUCAUUCCAAAAUCAAAGGUUCUUCAAAUCUUUGAGGAGGUUCAGAGGCGGCACAGACAAGGGCAGACGAAUACUGCCUUUCAGGAUGAUAUGGAGCAACCACUUACAGAAAGAGACAUUUCAGAAGUGGGAAGCACCGAAGAUUCGGGAAGAGAGUCUGAAAACUCAACACCCUCCCCGCCUUCACCUGAAGAAAAUCAAGUCGUCGGGAAUGGAUCGUAGUUUUUAUGCAUUGCUUAAAAUAUAUUAAAUAAACACAGCCUAAAUAAAUAAACCAGAUGUGUAAAGCUGGGAAAUCACAUGGAGAAACUAACUGGGUGAUUUGUAAUGUACUUAAUAAAGUGUUAUUUAUAAUGUUUUCCCUUUUGUCUGAAAAUUACAAAAUUACAGCAAUGCACCUUUUAACUUUUCAUGUUGAAAUAUAAAACUGCAUUUGAUUAAUGCUAAAUGCCAAUGUCCCUAUCCAUAAAAUACUGUGUGAAAAAAGUUGUGUUUUCUUUUAUUCUUUGACAAGUCAUAAUGUUCAUAAUGACGUGGGUUUUUGAUUGUAAUGAAAGUAGCUGAUUGUGUCAUAAGAGUAUUGCAAUUUUAAUGUGCAUUAUUAAAAAUAACAAUAAGGAUAACAAUAAGUAAUGAAAUUAGUAACAAAUGUCUAAUCUUACUAUGAUGAUGUAUGCAUGACUGUAUGUCCGUAACAGGGCUAAUCUGAAUACUCUGGAUUUUCAUAUAAACUGCAUGCAUUUCACAAUUCCCCUGCAAAUGCGAUGUUACAUUUGUUUGCAUUUGUUGCACCUGCAACGUGCAUAACUUAUAACUACAUAACGUAUAACAGUCACCAAAUGUUUUAUCCAAGGGAGAAUUUAGUUCAAGCCAUCAGAAUUAUUAUAGCUUUGAAAUUCUAAUUAGCUUUUAUUUUGAUUUAGUUUUGACUUUUUUUUUCUAGUCGUUUACUAUCAGCAGUUUGCUUGUUUCAGUUUAGUUUUUAUUGGUUUCAGUGCUAAUUUUAGUCUUUAGCAGGGUAUAGUUUUAUUUAACUAUAAUAACCUGUAAUAGACUUUUGCUUGUGAUGAUAAAAUAAGCUUGCAUUUACAUUGCACUUUUGAAGACUAAAAGUCACAAAGUACAUUACAAAAUAAAAUAAGACACAACAUACAACAUUAAUAUACAAACAUAAAAAGAAGAAGGUCCAACCAGUUGGAAAACUGUUUUCUGUCUGUAAAAAGUGAUUUUAUCCAGUCAAUUAAAUGAGGUGAAAAACA